AGGAAACAGCCAUCAUCGGCCCAAGCGGGAGCUUUUGGCGGCGCUUUCUUCGUGCCCUCGCCAACUUUCGUCUGGCUGCCUGCGCAGAUAAGCAUCGAUUGACGAGUCUUGGCGACCGCAAACCUCCCUGGAGCUGCUACAAUGGCCUUGCCGCUGCCAGCCGGCUGGACGGAGCAUGUAUCACCAACGGGCCAGCCGUACUGGUACAAUGCGUCCACUCGCACAUCCACAUACCACCGCCCAGCGCCGCCAGGCGGCUACGCCGGACCGCCUCCACCUCUCCAAACUUCGUCGUUUGUUCAAGAUACCUCCACCAGUGCCGUCGCGCAGCAGUCCCCCGUAGUAGAGAAGAAGAAGAAAGAGAAGCCCAAAGUGAAGCAACCCAUCCCCGGCACAGAAGGAUGGAUCAAGGUGACCACCACCCACGACAACGUCUUCUACUCGCAUCCAGAGUCGGCAAGGUCUGAGUGGACAGUGCCGGACGAGAUCAAAGAUGCUGUCAAAGCUAUGGACGAGCGAGAAGAAGAAGAACGUAGAGCACAAGUAGAGAGGAGACGCAAGGCUGAAGAGGAAGCGAGAGAAGCCGAGGAAAAGGCUGCAGACGAGGAGAGGGAGCGCAUAGAAGCGCAACAACGCGUCCAACCGGAAGAAGAGCAGCGAUUGCGGAAGGAGCAAGAAGCUAAGGAGAAGGAACUCAGAGAUGCAGGGAAGAGAAAACGCGGAGAAGAGCUGGACGACGAAGACGAGGAUGUAGGUGGGGUAGAUGCGGACGAGUUGCUCGCUGCCCCCGCAGAUGAGAGUGAUGCUGCAGCGACGAAGAAGGCCAAAUUGGAGCGCCGCGAUGUCGCUGAAUCAUAUGCGGACCAUGAGCCAGGCGAAGAAUCGGAGGACGAGGAUGAAGAAGCGUGGCAAAGACGAGUGGCAGCUGAGAUGGCGGCCGAAGCUGAAGCCGAGGCCAGCGAAGAGGUGGCGACACCCACCCAUGGGCCGCCGCUUGGUCCACCUCCAUCUGGACCGUAUACGGGACCGCCUCCAUCCAUGCCGCCACCGCCUCCAGGUGGGUAUACAGGACCGCCGCCGCCCCUGUCCUAUCCUGGUGGUCCUCCACCAGGCUUCUUACAGAAUCAAGGCCCACAACCCCCGAACAUAUUUCCUCCUCCGCCAGGCGCAUACAAUCCUCCGCCUCAGCUCUCCCACGAAGAGAGCAAGGCUCUGUUCAUGCUCAUGCUGACAUCCUUGAACGGGACAGCCAAUGAGAUCAAUCCGAUGGCACCCUGGGACAAAGAGCUCGUCAAGUUCGUCCAUCUGACCGACUAUGGAAGGUUGACAAGCCUUCGAGAUAGACAAGACGCGUUCAAUGAAUGGUGCAAAUUGAGAUUGAGGGAGAAGAGGAAAGCGGGACCGAGCGGAGCAAGAAAGCUCUCCACAGUCGCGAGCGAUGAGCCCGAACAAAUUACAGCCAAUGCGAGCGCUUCCACACACACAGCCAACAAUGGCCACGCCCGUGAGCGUCAAGAGCCAAAUGGUGCUCUUGAAACUUAUCGAGCGUUGCUGCAAAGCUCGGUCACGUCGACCAGGACAAAGUGGGAAGACUUCCGUAAGGAGCACAAAAAGGGGAGGAGCUUCUUCGCGUUUGGCAGAAAUGAUGCGGAACGCGAGAAGGAGUUCAAAAAGUGGUUGAGGGAGCUCGGAGAGCAAAAGGCGGAGCAAGACUUUGUGCACCUUUUGGAGGCAAGGCUUAAUAGGGCGGAGCAAGGGCUUAGCAGCACAUCGGAUCCGCAGCAGUGCAGCGAGGCAUGGAGCAAAGCGAAACGUCAACCCGGGCUGGACACCGAUGCUCGAUACGAAGCUGUCGCAUCAUCCAGUCGCAGAGCUGAUCUAUUUGCCAAGUGGGUCAAGGGGGAGCUGAGUAGCGCCGGUCGUGAAAAGGGUCAGACGAAAGAGUCAGAAGAAUCUGCGACGAAGAAGAGGGAUGCGGCAACUGCACUUCGCGAACGGGAAGAUCGGGUCCGAAGAGAGCGAGCAAAGUUGGAACAACAGAAUCAGCGCACCAUCCAAGCGACCAGUCACGAGGAAAGUGUCGUAGCAUUCUCGCAAUUGCUGGUGGACGCGGUGACCAAUCCUCAUACAAGCUGGUCAUCAGCUCGAUUCGAUCUCAGCUCCGAUGCCCGCUUCCGUUCUCAUUCACUCCAGCAACGAGAAAAGGAGGACCUCUUUCGAGCGCAUCUGGACAAGUUACAAUCGCGCAAGCUUGCCGCUUUGCAUCGCGUGUUCGAAAAGCAUGCCCCACAGCUCGAUACGGCGAAGCGAAUCGCGUUACCUUUGGUACGCGAUGAUGAGGAUAUGGAGAAGGGCGGCCUAGGCGAAUGGCUCAAAGAGGAAGAGCAGCGCGGGCUCCGACUUGAAGAGAUGUUUGAGCGAUGGAACGACCAAAGGCACAACGAUGCUCGCAGAGACUUUGACAAGAUGCUCAAGGAGUCGAGUUUCAUCUCCUUUUGGGGCGCUUUGAGAGCCGAGAGACAACGCAUGAUAGCUGCGGGACAGGACACCGACGCGACUGACGCCGCAGAUGAGGACGACGAUGUUCCCAGCCUGUUGAAGAUGGCCGGCAGCGUAGAUUUGGAGGAGGUGCAUGCAACCUUGCAGAACGAUGCCAGAUAUCGAGCGUUUGAUUUUGUGCCUGAGAAGCGAGACGCGUGGGUGAGGUCGUAUCUGCAGCAGAUGGACGUGCCCAAGUCUACAGCUUUCCAGGCUCAAGCUGGAUCAGCCGCCACACGCUAAUCAUAUGGUAUUGAUGCAGAGCAGCGUUCUUGUCUCUUGCAGCGGGAGCACUCAGACUGACCUUUGAGUGCCUGCAGAUAUGACGCUGGCAAUACACGAACUGCGUCACUGAAUCGAUCGGCUAAGCUGAUAGCUCAAGUCUUGAGUGUGAAUAAGUGUGGAUGGCCAUUCGUGGCCUUUGCAUCCGCGACACGCGCGCGCAAAUGCUUUGGGCAGGCGCGGAAACGAAACCGUGACAUUGUGUAAA